AGGAUGUGACGUAGGAGGACAAGCCAGGGUCAACAACAUGGCUGCGCCCAUGGAAUGAAGUGCAGCGAUUUUCGAUGGCAGCAUGGCGCUUGGUGUGAUCAGUAUCGUGCGAGGCUCCUGCCAUUAACAAGCGUCCGAGGCUGUGCAUUCUAGGAUCAGAUUUCGGUAUGAAUUGCCAAAAAACAUUAACGAUGCUGCCGAGCCUCCAUCGCAUGGUCACCGCGCGGCCCGUGACACUGAACAGUGGCCUCUGCCGCCGGGGACUGUGGUCAUUGGAAAGUGCAUUCAUGCAGAAGAGGUCCUAUGCGCCCUCUAUUGAAAGAAAGAGGUUCUAUGAAAAUGUCAGCAUCUCUCAGGGUGAAGGAGGAUUUGAGAUUAACCUUGAUCAAAGGAAGUUAAGGACCCCCCAGGGGAAGAUCUUCACUGUCCCAAGUGAACCCUUAGCAACAGCUGUGGCGGCUGAGUGGGACGUCCAGCGCGAGACGAUCAAAUUCUUCACAAUGCAUCUGACCACUCUGUGUAACACGGCCCUGGAUAACCCCACACAGAAGAGUAAGGAGGCGCUGAUUGCGGCCUCGCUGAAGUUCCUCGACACAGAUACUGUAUGUUACAGAGUAGAGGAUCCGCCCGCACUGGUAGAGCUACAGACAAACGAAUGGGACUCUGUACUGAAGUGGGCAGAAAAUAGGUACGACGUUGAGAUCAGCUCUUCCACCAGCAUCAUGGGUCCGGUUAUUCCAGAUCACACCAAAGAGGUGUUUCAUCGGCAUCUGGCCUCCUACAACUCCUGGUCAUUGCUAGGCAUCGAGUUCAUGGUGACGCAGCUGAAAUCAUUCGUACUCGCCAUGGGCCUUUUAGACCGAUACCUGACUGUGCAGAAGGCCGUGCUGCUGUCCCGCCUGGAGGAGGAGUAUCAGAUCCAGCGCUGGGGUAACGUGGAGUGGGCUCACGACUAUGAGCUGCAGGAGUUGCAGGCUCGCACGGCCGCAGGCACCUUGUUCGUCCAUCUCUGUUCAUCAAGCUCCAGUAUUAAACACAAGCUCCUGCAGGACUGACCCCCCCCCCCCCCGAGAUCCUAACUUAUCACGUAUCAGACACCAAAAGCCCCAAAAAACUGUUCCAGUUAGUCUACCGUUUUGUGUACACAGCCCCUAGACAGAACGCCGGGGCAGAUUUCCUAAUGCUGUGGAUGGUAUCCGGACCUGAAGGUGGGGCAGGGAUAGGCUAUUGGUUGGCUUAGUUUGAGACGGAAUUGUGGCACUGACUAUUACAUAUUAGACCACACCCCUUUCCCACAAAGCCACACCCUUCCCCUUAAACCACACUUCCUUGCUGGGCUAGGCACGGAUCAUUUUUCUAAACCUAAAUGUACCAGUUUUGGUGUUUAGAAUCUAGGCGCACUCACGUUGGUAAACAUGGCCCUCUGUCUCCAUGGUUACAGACUACAAACAAAUUCUGUGUAGUCAGCUGUCCCCUACAUUCCUAACAUACAAUAAAGUAGGGGGCGGAGGAAACGAAGCGACCUGCAGGACCUGACUACACAGGGUUGUUUGUAGUCUGUAGCUAUGGAGACGCAGAGGGCUGCCGAGGAGCUGUGUACAGAAAAGGGUUGAAGACUGUUAGUCAAUAUUAACUGAUUGAUUCCUGUUUUUUUUUGUUAUUUAUGAUCC